AGCAAGAGAGGAGAGGCAGAUAUAUAGAGGCAAUAUUGAGAGUGUGUGUAGCAGCCAGUAAUUACCUUCCAGCGUCUGAACCAAUCAAGAGCCACACAGAGAUAAAGAGGGAGGAAGCCCAUUUACAUUCUCAGUCUAUUCCCAGGCAAAGAGGUAGACAGUGUGCUUAUUGAAUCAGAGUCAGAGAGAAGGAACGGAAGUGUUUUCUGUGGAGCGGCACAGCUCAUCCUUUCUCACAUACACCGAGUCGUUCUGGGUGAAAACAGAUGGAGAAGAUGAACCAAAGCUCAGCUGAGGCGGAGGCUGAAACCAUAGAACCGCUGCGUUACCUCAGUAAAGGGGAGGCGGCAGCUAUCGAGACAGAGCUACUGAGGGACUACAGGUUUGGACAGCAGCAGCUGAUAGAGAUUUGGGGACAAGCAUGCGCCCUCGCCAUCACUAAGGCCUACCCUCUCAGCUCUCUAGCAAAGAAGCAGCCAACAGUGCUGGUGAUCUGUGGUCCCGAUCAAAACGGCUCCAUUGGCCUGGUGUGUGCCCGACACCUGCGCAUGUAUGAAUACGAGCCCACCAUCUACCACCCUAAACGCUCCUCUCAAAGUCUACACCAGGACUUCACAGUUCAGUGUGAGAAGAUGGACAUCCCUUCCCUCUCCUAUCUCCCCACAGAGGUGCAGCUGAUAAACGACGCCUAUAACCUGGUGAUUGAUGCCAUGCUGGGCCCUGAUGCAGACUGUGCCAACAUUAAGGAGCCCUACCCUGGCAUUCUUGUCACCCUGAAGCAAAUCAAGGUCCCUAUUGCCAGUGUGGAUGUGCCCUCAGGUUGGGACGUAGAAGAACCAAGUCAAGAUGGGAUUAAUCCAGAAGUUCUCAUCUCACUCACAGCACCAAAGAAGUGCGCCAUGAGUUUCUCUGGGAAGCACUUCUUGGCUGGACGCUUCUUGCCCUAUGACAUCCAGAAGAAAUAUGAGCUUAACCUCCCAGACUACCCUGGCACAGACUGUCUUAUAGAAUUGUAACACAUGCGAAACAUAAGAGCCACUCCUCAUCUUUAAAAAGUGAACGGUUGAUCUAUUCUCUUGUUUUGUAUUUUAUAGAUUGUUUAUGUGAUUUAAUGUUAACACUCAGUUGUGUAGAUUAAGCUACACUUUAGCCACAUGUGCUGAUGAGCUGCAGUAGAAGGAUCAUUUUUAGAAGCUGUGGUUUUAAGUCAAGUCUUUUUAGGGAAUGGCAUGAAGAGUUUUUGUGUCUAUUUGUAAAAGCUGUAGCAUUACACUGUUUUCUGAUUACUUUGCAAAAGACAUACCUUUCUUUUUCCACUGUCAGCAAAAGAAAGAUGAAUUUUCUAUGACGCCAUCCACUGGGAGGUUUUAUUUUUUAUUUUUUUCUUCAAACCUUUUUUAAUGUUCAAGUUCUGAUGCUCUCAUGUUUAACUUUUUACUGACGUGUGCUAAUGAGAUGAGAUGAUGUGCAGGUUGGCCAGUUAGAACUUUCUGUUAGUGUUUUUGGUUUGUUUGGUCAGCCUGCACUUCUGCAUUACUUUUGUCUCAGUUACUUCAUCAGCUGUAAAAGACCCAGACCGUUCUUGUUGUCCAAUAAAAAAAAAAAAAUUCCUUCAAGGA